AUGACUCUUGUUAUGGACACUGUCAUCCUCCAGCACAGUUCCAUCACCCAGCGAAUCGACCACUCGGACACGUUUUCGGAUGUGUUCGCUCGGUUUUGUGCUAAAUCCUCAGAUGUACCGGUGGACGGGGCCAGGAUUCACAACAUGCGAGGGCAGAAAAACAGGUUUGCCUCGUACAGCAAACCGCUGGGGCGGGCGUGUAUCUUUCUAGAUGCACUCAUCUCCACCGCCUGCUGGAUAUGUGUUCAGCGGCGGGGUGAGGAACAGGGCCGCGACGCAGGAGACUUCUUAACCUUCCUCAACGAGGAGAAGGCGAUUCUGAUGGCUAUGAUGAGUGACGCUGCCUCUGCAUGCGUUGGCCUGACAAGGUCCCUGGACACAGAAGACUACGAUGCGGCCACCCUCAACUGGGAGAUUAGCUCGCUCGUGCAGACACUUCAUUUCUUAUUCAUCGAAGGGUCUGUUGUUGAGCAUGGAUACACGAAGCAAAUGCUCCUGUACUUGCGUCGGCAGCGAGCCUAUAUGGAUGGACAUGACAGGCCUAGGUGCUUGGGUGGCCCGGGCACUGUCUCGGCCGACAUGCUGCAGCGCUGCAUCGACAGACUGCAGAUCUUUGUGGAUGAGGAUUCUUUGCGGGCUGAGUUUGUGGAUGUUCGUCCCAUGGCGAUGUAUGAACACCGCAAAGGUUGCUCAAAUGUGGAUGCUUGGGUUCAGACUAUCUUGCGACUGGAGCGCAAACAGGCUACUGUGCGGGAGAACCACCCCACUGCCACUCUGCGCCAAGUUGUGCAACGGUACGCGGCUUUCAGUGGCUUGACCACCUCCGGGGUCGAGCAAGGUUUCAGCCAGAUUCAGAGGCACUGCACACCGGAGAGGAAUCACAUGUUGUUGGAGACAGAACUGGACGAGACUGUUUUGCAGUUGCCGCAAACGGUGUUCUCAGAUCACGAAAUCACACGGAGGGCUGUGGAUGUCUGGCUGAAAUACUUCAAUCCGCCGCGAGCCAGACCGACGACUACCCAGAGGAUCGACGCUGGGGUCCCCAAGAUGAAGGGCGUGAAGGAGACUGACACGCGUGUUGGAGCCGAAACCGCGUGGAAGGCUGCGGAGAGCAAGAGGCUUUCAGAGUCCGUGCAGCAGCGGCCGGAGGUAUCGAUUGAGGAAGUUCAGAGCUUGGCCCGCAGCAUGACUUCCCACCUCAUGUGUGACAAAGUACUUGCGGAGGAGGCUUUUCAAAAAACCAAGCAGUACAAGAACAAACUCGUCGCCUACUUGGACAAUGCCUUGCUGCAUGAAAGCGAGGUCGAUGAAGAUUGUGUGCAAGUGGCAGAAGCUUUUAAGGAUGCUCAGCAGAAAGAGGAUGCCAAAAAUGGCCGAUUGAGAAAGAGACGUGCAGACCUCCUGAACCCAGCCCGAGUGCCGGAUCCGUGCACGAAGCAUGUCUACUAUGCGCCCGGAGUGGCCCCUCCGAACUUGGAUUGCCUUGUGGGAGACCCAGAGCAUGCCGAUUUCAUUGUUGAGAAGGACCCAUCCGAUCCACAUGACGAGUGUUAUUGGUGCGCUUUCGUGCUUGGGACGUCUAUCUGCAACGACGAGUUCAUUCGACGACAUGGGCAGCAAGGUGUCUGCUUUAACUUUACUCCGGCGAUGAAAAGCAAGCGGCAGCUCUUUGUCAGCGCGGGGUUUGGCAGAGAGCAUCCCCGGUUGGCAGAGGUGAUUUGCUUGUUCCCAUCACGGCAGCAA